UUAUUUCAGAAAACAAUGGAAGUUAAUGACAAGGCUAAAGAAGAAAAAGAAGUUGUAGAUGAAGGAAGAAGAAAACAGAAAGAAGAAGCAGAACGAGCAGAAGAGAGAAGAGAGGAAGAAAAUAGGAUGAAGAAUGAGAAUAAUGAUAAUGAAAAUAACGACAUAGAUGAAGAAAUUAUUGUCCUCCAACAAGAUAUUAUCUAUCGUGCUGAACAUGAGAUAAAUACGAGAGACAGGCAGAGGAGAACUGGGUCAAGCAAAUUUGACGAAGAAUUGAAAAUAAAACUAAACAUUAACUUGGGAGAUUCCGACGAAAGAGAAAACUAUUUUCAAGAUGAGCUCAACUUUGAUAAACACAAGGAUGUGAGUCGACAAACCAGCAAAGGGUCCAUUAAUGAUAAAUCCAGAGGAAGAAAUAAAAAGUUUUCAAUAACCUCCACACAUUCAGCUUUAUCCGCAGCAUCCUCGUACAGUGAUAGUCCUUACAUUCAUCUUAUGCAUGAUACUUUAGACAGGGGACUAUCCACCCUGUCCUCUGAUGGGUCUGGGUUUAAGAGAAAGAUCUCCGAGGGUCCUGCUGCAUUUCAUGAAAUAGAAACAGAGUUUACUCUGAGUGAUCUCGAGUUAGAUGAGAGACCACCACUUCCACCUCCUGUCAAGGAGAAGACAGCUCCUGCCAAACCAAUUAGAACCUCAAGACCAGGGAAAUUCAGGGGAAAACAAGGAGGAAGCAAGGUGUUUGAAGAUUAUGAGAAAGUGAUCAAGAAUAGAACACAACACUCUCUAGAAUUAGAGCAGGAUUUGUACACUGUUCAAGAAACUGAAUCAAGGAACAAGUUUGCAAAUACAGCAAUACCUAGUCCUACUAGUAGACAAGUAGGGAUUCAGUACCUAUCCAGCGAACAAGAUAAUGCCCCAUUUGUCCGGCAGUCUCCAGGCCGAUCAACCUUCUGUACGUCACAGAUAAAAGAAAGCAGGGAGUCUCAGCACCUAUUAGGGCCUAAAAGCCCCUGGAAAUCAUAGGAAAGAAGAUUGGCAAGCCCCACUAGUCCCCAACUCCUGCGUACUCUGAAAACUUUACUGAAUAAUUCUUUGUCGAAUAUAUGUUUUUUUUUUGUCAACAAUUUCAGACAAAAAAGUCCUUAUCAAGUUGAAAAGGAUUUUUGAAUGACAUG